AUACUGUGUCCUGUUUUAAACAUCUUAUAACAAAUUUAAUUGCAUUAGUCGUAUCAUCAAACAAGCAUUACUACCAUGACUUCAGAAUCUAAUAUUGGACAAUAUCAAAAUUUGUCAUCUAAUGGACCCUUAAUGAACCCCAACCAGAUGCAGCCUCCUCUACCUGGAACCACGGCCCCGCCACCGCCUCCACAUAUGCUUCAGGGCCAUCCCCCUCCCCCACCUCAAGCACAGCCAAUAAUGUCACAUAUAAACACGUAUCCACAACCACAGCAACCCACACAAACGUCUAACUCCACUGGCGUUUUAAUAAUUAGUAACAUUCCCUCGGAUUUGACAUCAAGAGAAGCAACCUUAAUAUUUGCAUUAGUUAUUGAUGAAAUACUAAGUAUUGAAAUGAAGGAUUAUAAGAUUUACGCUCAGUUUAAGAAUAUCAAUACAUGUAUUACUACGGGGAAAUUAUUGGAAGGGAAAUAUAUAUUUGGAACGGACUUCCCACCUAUAAAGGUUGAGUAUGAUAACAAUACUUUAAUGAAUUCUCCUACAAUACUUUCUAACACUCAAAAUGCAUUUAAUCAAUUGAGAUUAUCUUCAGGUUCAAAUAUUUCCCCACCUUCCAUCAAUAACCAACAAUUACAUCAUCAAGGUUCAAAUCAAUCGUUAGGAAACGGGAAUUCGGGAGUUAGCACCAUGGGUCCAGUAGGCCCAGCUGCACCUCCUGGUCCACCACCUCCCACGUUUGAUAUGCUUCAGAAGAGGCAAUCUGUGGGAAAUCAACGAUCAAGAUUUGUAUUUAGUGAUCCAUUUGCCCAAGAAGGUGCCCAGCAACAAGGUCAAGAACAAGCACAACAAUCUCAACAACUGCAACAACAACAACAGCAGCAGCAACAACAACAACAACAAUCGUCUCAACAACAAUCCCAACCACAACAGCAGAAUUUACAUGGACUGCAAUCACAUUCUGUUCCAGGAGGGUCUACACCCACUGCUACUGGCCCAGGUAUUGAUUUAUCCGAUUUAACCGGUAAGUCCAUAUUAUUAAUGGAAUCACAAAAUGAUGCAAGAGAAUACGAAAACCUUGUUAGAGAUACAUGGGAUACUGGAGUAACUCCGUUAGCUUCAGCACCAGGGCAAGCUCCAGGAGUUGGUGAUUGGAACAAUGCCCAAGGUCAAUCUAAUGGUUCUGGACGUCCUGGUGAUAAUAGAAGAACUUCAUUUUUCAACACUGCUCCUGCAUUACACACAAUGACUUCAAAUCAACAACAGCCAAUUUCGAAUUUGAUUGGUUCCCAAAUACAACAAGGUCAACCAUUAGGAGUUACUUCCAAAGGUCCAACUGCAUCUGUGUUAAGAGCUACAGCUCAACAGCAGCAACAAUCCCAGCAUGAACAUGUUCAACAGCAGCAGUCUACUUCACAAUCAUCCCUGGACUUAGCCCUGCAAUCUGUAUCAGUACCCCAGCAAUCUACAUCUGGUGGACCAUCACCUCCAAACCAAUAUACCGCACCACAACCAUACACCACUGCAACUCCACCCGGUAUGCAACCACAAUCCUCAUCCCAACAUAUACCUAACAAGUUGGUAAAUCAACCACCAUCAUCAGCAUCUGGGCAACCUGUAGGUAGUUCAACCACUCCACAACCACUGGCACAAUCCAGUACUAGUCCUACUGAUUCCAGUUCCAAACAAUCAGCUAAAGAUAUUCCUGAUUUGUCACUUUUGGCAAGAGUUCCCCCACCAGCAAACCCAGCCGAUCAAAACCCACCAUGUAAUACAUUAUAUGUUGGUAAUUUACCACCGGAUGCCACUGAAGCUGAAUUACGAACAUUAUUUUCACCACAAAAGGGAUUCAGAAGACUUUCAUUUAGAACUAAGACACAAUCAUCUACUGGUGGCUCAUCAAGCUCAGGAAGUCAUAGUCAUGGACCAAUGUGUUUUGUAGAAUUUGAAAGUAUUGCCCAUGCCACUAGAGCAUUGGCCGAUUUAUAUGGAAGUGCAUUACCUAGACCUGGUGGUGGCAAUGGCAAAGGUGGUAUAAGGUUGUCAUUCUCCAAGAAUCCAUUAGGUGUAAGAGGACCUGGAAAUCCAAGAAGGCAAUCUGCCAAUCAAGUUUCUGGUUCUGGUAGUGCUUCAAGUGGUACUUCUGGUCAAAAUCAACUGGGCAAUGGAGUUGGGAAUUAUGGAUAUCUGAAUUAUCACCAGAAGUGAUUGAACUAAGUUGUCCACAUUUUUACCAUUUUGUUAUUUGAUUUCCCCUGUUAUAUUGUUAAUUCAUUGAUAUGUUGUGAAACUGACAAUGAAACAUUGCCUGUGAUCUUUCGGUAUUCAGCCUGAAGCUGUUAUUUUGUCAUUUUAUAUCUGUUGUUUUUUUUUAUAUGGUCAUUUACAUUGUUCGUGAUAUUUACACUCAACAUGUUUGGUUAUUAUUAAUCUUUAUUGUUUUUUUUUAUUAUUAUUUGUUUCUGUAUCUACAAGAGAUACAUACUCCUGUAUUAUUUCCUUUGUUAUUAUUUUGCUUGCACAUCUUAAAUACCCAAUCCAUGCAUACUCUACAUAUAUAUAUACCAAUAUAUAAAUUCUUUGUUUAACAAAAUUUUCUCUAACUACACUAUUUUCAUCCAGAAAAAUCACAUAUAUAAACGUUGCAACUUCAUUUUUUACAACCAAAAUAAACUACACAUAGUAGCAAAACAAUGACCAAAAAGGCUAGAGGACCACUUCUUUCAUCAUCAAUCAAAGAUUCAAGAAGUAAUAACCAAGAAACAUCAAAGCAACCCAUGACAUCUUCAAUGUCCACUACCCCUUCAGCCGCAUCAUUGUUGGCAAAUACUGCAAAUUCUAGAAACUCCUUGAGUAACUACCCAACCUUCAAUCUGAACUACAAACGUCAUACCACAACUAACCUAUCCAUUUCUUCUAAUUCAAAACAACUCAAACUCAAUACCGAAGCUGUCAAUUGCAAGAGUAGCUUAAAAUUUAAAUCUGUGGGAACACAAACUACUGAGAGCGCCUUAUUCCAGGACAAGCGAGUUAAAUACGUUGACGAUGACGCGUACAAUUCCCAAUUGAGCUCCCUAUUUGCUACUUUCAACUUUGGCUCAAAACAAGAUCUCGUGAAUGACCUUACAACUUCCCUUAAUUAGAGAAAUUCAACUGUAUAGCUAUAUAAUCUUCUAUCUAUUCGCAACUAAAUAUAGAAAUCUAUUUUAAUAACUUGAUAAAUUCCUUAGGAUCGGCAUAUACUUGGGUCAACCAGUUUGUAUUGAGUAAGUCAUCGGGAGUUAGUCUUUUCUCGGGAUUAGGGUUCAAUAGCCCUAGAAUCGACUCUCGUGAAUCAUAAUGCAAACUCUUGAAUAAGGCCACUGCUGGGUUGCUUUUGAACGUGCUGUGUUUGCUGUUUAACUCAUUCAUUAACGCAUGCACCUUAUCUGCAGAAUCGGGAUAUUCCUUAGAAUAUUUGAUAUAAGCAAUGUUCAUGGGUUGUAAAGGAUUGGCCAUGCUCCAGGGUGCUUUCAUUAAGAAUAAUUGGAAAUAUAUCAUUCCCAAGGCCCAAUAAUCCCAGGAUUUGAACAACAUCUCGGCUGAGGUAAAGAAGUCCGAGAAAUUAAAUUCAUUAUGAUUGAUAUCAUGUUCAAUUUGGAAUAACUCUGGUGCUUUAAAACUAUUUGUUCCACAAUAUAUAGUUCGUGGAUUCAAAAGUAUUUCUUGUUGAUAGUCAUUAGUGUUCAAAUCCAAACUAUAACCGAAAUCGGAAAUCUUGAUAAUUCCGUCGGAAUCAAGGAGGAAAUUCUCGGGUUUAAGAUCACCAUGUAUUAUGUUCUUGCGGUGAAGAUAUCGAACUCCAGUUAGUAUUUGUUUGAAAAUGGCAUCCUUCAUAUUUGACGAAAUUUCAAUUUUAAACCGUCGUAAAUUGCUAAGAUAAUCUAAAAGGUCUCCCUUGGGAUAAAAAGGUAGAAUCAACGCAAGAUCAGAACAAUCAGGAAUUGUAGCAAGCAGGAGUACGGGAAUUAUAUUCUUAUGAUUACAUUUUCUCAUGUUAUUGUACUCUCGAAUGACUGCCUUGGUAUAUCCAUAUGCUGAAUGGUCCUCUCUUUCUUUGAUUCGUUUAAGAACAACCACUUGAGUAUGCGUAGAAUCUGUGCCUUUAAUAAUUAUACCAUUGGCACCUUCAUAUAUUGGUUUUGAUGCCGUUUUAUGAUAUUCAACGCCAAUUUUAGGAAGUGAGGCAAGUUCAGGAUCAGCAAGUGACAAUGGGGGGAUUUGGGGGGACUGCAUCGCCUGUCUUGAUACGGAGUUAGUUGGGGUAAGUGUUCCUGAUUUGGGGGUGCAAGCACCAAUCUUUGGGGUGGCUGUUGCAGACCUAGACAUAGGGUCUUUUGAGUUAGCUGUUGUUGCAGUCAUAGAACCCCCUGGGAAACUUGAAAGAUGUGAAUGUGAUCUUGAAGGUUUAAUCAUAAUGACCGUUGGGUCAUGCAAAAAAAUCUUGGUAGUACAAAGGGGGAAAAAAAAACGACUGUCAAGCUAUUGAAUUGAUAGAAAUGUCAAAUAAUGUUUGACAGAUCAGUAUUUCCAAGUCAUACAAUUGUAUAUAAACGUUUUUUAAAGAUCAAGUUGGAAGUACGGAUUUCCAAUAACAAU